GGGCGCGGGGAGGACGUGCGGAGACCGGCAGGUAUAGGUGAAAGCAAUGGAUAAUGAUUUCACUCCUGCACUCACAUCUCCAUACCUCACUGAAAGCUUAGAGCUGGCUAUGGAAGUGGAAAUGGAAAACUCCAGGCCUCCUUAUUUUUCCUGUGCUUUAGAUAGCCAAAAUGGAGGGAGACACUUCUCUGGAGAGUCUUAUCUAGCAACUGGGUCUCUUAAGAGGCUUCUCCUGAGACUAGAUCCUUCUCCAACUGACUAUGAAGAAGAUACUGUGGAAAUAUUUGGCUUUCAAUGGGUCACUGAAACUGCGUUAGUUGAAUCCUGCCGACUUCUAUUUGGCUUACUGAGGCAACAAAUACACAAACUGGAAAACCUAGUACAGAUCGGUUCAUCUGACUUCAGUCAUGCUGCAAAUUUGCAUUCUGAAGCAGACAACCUCAGGCAUCAGUGCAUUGAAUUUUUGCAGUAUGUAAAGGUUUUCAUCUUUAGGUUCCUGGAACCACCAAAAGCAGAGUAUGAUGGGCUACUACAUCCAUAUGAAGAACUAGAAGCUCAGCUGCCUUCAGUGCUGGUUGAUGAGCUUCAUGCCUUAACUUUGCAUAUUGGACACUUACAUGAACUCCAUGGUAGUAUCCUGGGAGCAUUUACUGUUCAACCUCCGGCAAAGCUGUUUCCCCCAUCAUGGCAUUUACUCCAUCUCCACUUGGAUAUCCAUUGGCUAGUACUGGAAAUUCUUCAUGUCCUAGGCGAGAAGAUGCCAGGGCAAAUAGUAUAUGCUCACCAGUUUGGGAACCAAACAGAAGGAAGUUUUACUUCUACCAGUUUAUUUGAUGCACACUGUGUAAACCUCAUCUGUGAUCUGAUAAGCAUGUCUAUCAACAAGUAUACAAAGGUCAGACCAUCUGAGGCUCUAACUAACCACCACUACCCUUGUACUUGCAUUAAGGAAUUAUGGGUUCUGCUUAUCCAGCUGUUGGAUCACAGAAAUAAAGGGUCUCAUCCUGAGAAGACUUUCUGGAGCUUGAUGAAUAAACUUCUAAAUAAUCUUCUUGAAAGAUCCAGUAGUACAGAAGAGAGGCUUGGUUUUGAGUCACUUCAGUGCAAAGAUCCAUUAAGUUUUAGCUGGUGGAUUAUUACUCAUCUGGCAUCACUUUACCAGUUUGACCGUAAUGGGUAUCUAGAGGAAAAGAAACAAGUGGAAUCCAAUGAGGUAAUGGUGGAAAAACUGGUGAAAAGGUCUAUUGAUACUCAAGUUGGUGUGUUAGAGGAACAGUUACGAAUGCAUCUUCAGUGCUUCUUGAAUCUGUGCAGUUUCUGGAACUUGAACUUAUCUACUGUUACCAUACUCUGGGAGUAUUACAGCAAGAAUCUGAACAGUUCCUUCACCAUUCCUUGGCUUGGUCUAAAAGGUUUAGCAAAUGUUAAUAAAACCCCUUUGUCAAUGCUUGAGUUGGUGAAAAGUUGCUGUGGUGACCAGCAGUGCCCUGACCUAUACAAGUCCAGCAAUAGUUACCUCAUUUUUCUCUGCAUUUUGGCAAAAAUAUUGAAAAAAGCAAUGGAGACCAGUGAAAUGCACUUCUGGAAGCAAAUGAAGGGAAGAAUUUAUUCCAAGUUCCAUCAGAAAAGAAUGCAAGAGCUGACAGAAGUGGGGCUGCAGAACUUUUUUAACCUUUCCCUUGUGCUGGCGACUAUAGCAGGCACAGAAGAUAUUGUAGGUAGGGUGCUAUCUCUCCUGAGUGUCCUUCGCCCAUCCUCCAUCAGCACUUCCCAGAAGGCUCUCAUCUGGAGAGGCUAUUUUGCCUUCCUUUUGUUAUACAUUGAGAAGAACUUGGAUAUUCAUGUCCUUGCUGAGAAACUCUCAAAUGCUUUCCGUGAAACAGCCAGGGAGUUCUUGGUAAAUAAGAAUGACUAUACUCAGAAACGAAAUCUCUGGAUACUACUUUCCACUUAUAUUGAUGGAGUCCAGGAAGUGUUUGAGACCAGCAGCUGCAUACACCCUUCCCAGGAAAAGUUGCUGAAUGAUGGAUUUAGUAUGAUGCUGCCAGCCUGUCGAGGAGCUGAACUCAAUACUGUCCUGAACUUCCUUCAGGUUGUUCUGGCAAGGCUUGGGAGUGUGCACAAAUGUGCAAGUCAGGGGCCUCAACGAGGAAAUCUGGGCCCAAACACACAGCUUCCAUUAGUGGCUAAAGAGCACCACCUUGCUGUUGCCAGUGCUCUCUGGAGAAAUUUCUUUCCAUACUUGAAGAGCCAGAGGAUGUCACAAACACCCCAUUCCCUACAGCUUGCGGAUACAGCUGCAGCUUUUACUUUGUUAGCUUUGGAUAUGCCCAGCACUGCUCCACCAGAUCUCCAGCCUCAGCCUGUUUUAUCAAUGAUGCAAUUGUUUGGAUGGGAUGACAUGGUAUGGCACCAGCUGGUAUCAAGAUAUCUAAGUCAUCUAAUACAAAACAGUUCAUUGUCUGAGGCUUUUUCUGGUGUGAGUCAUACACCUUAUGAAGCUUUGAUAGUGCGUUCUUGGUUUCGAUGCAUUUUACAAAUGUUCAUUGAUCAACCAAGUGGUGCCUUGGCCAGGACAGAUGGUGAACAAACAGUUGGGAAAGUUUAUAUGGAGCAGCUGACUGAAAUGACAAGGUUGGUUUUUAAACUCUCUGAAGUAGAAAAUGUCUUCUCAAAGGCUCAUAUUGAUGAAUCAGUCAUCAGGCAAGACCCUAAGAAUGCACUUGUCCAAUUCAUUAAGGCUGUUGGUAAAACUUAUGGUAGCCUUCAGACUCUACCUGAGAAAUCUGCCAUGGUAACAAAGGCUCUAGAGUACUUAGGUGAUGUAAUAACAUACGUAAAACCUUAUUUGAAGAAAAAAGGACCUGCUGAAGGGCUGCAACUCAUUUACUGGAUUAUGGGAUGCCUUGUAAAGUCCUGGGCACUGAUGCUCGCUACUUCUAAAGCACAACCACUCCUGUUCCGCAUCAUAGACUGCCUGCUAUUGCCACAUGCUGUUUUUCAGCAAGACAAAGGGCUUCCUACAGAUAUGCUGUCUGCCAUUCAGGAGAGUCUUCCUCUUUAUCUUAAGGGUUUGUCUUUGAUAUGUUGUCAGUCCCAAACUCAGGGGGCCUACUUAAACCAACAACUAGGGAGCAUUAUUCAACAAUAUUUUGGACGUUUUCUCCCCCCUUCACCAUCAGCCUCAGGCAUUGGACAGCACCCCAUGCUGCUAGCACUGUGUCAUUCCACUAACACCCCACAGACCUUGCAUCUGCGGAAGACCACUGCACAUAUCAUAAACGAAAACUACCUGCAGUUCAAAGGUAAUGCUCCACCUCCCCGUGUGGCCUCAGUUCUGGCUUUCAUUCUUGAAGUAUUCCUAAGAACCAAAAACAUUGAAGUAUGUGACAUUGAAUUGCUGCUCCCUGCUGUGUUGAAAUGCUUAGUAUUUGUUAAUGAACCACAAGUUAAAAAAUUAUGUACAGAGAUUCUGCAGUUCAUGGUAGAAGGCUGCCAAGUGAGGUCAGGAGGAGAGCCUGCCACCCAGCUGACUUCAGUGUUUAGGCAGUUUAUUCAGGGCUACACCACAAUAUAUGAUCAUCAGGUUUUCAGCAUCCUAGAAACUGUGGCUAUUUUGGAUCAAAUGCUAGUUAUCAGCCUGAUUCCCACAAUCACUCAGUCUCUGAAGGAUUCAGAGCAUAAACAAGGGCUUGGCAGAAACACUGCACAGAGAGAAGCCUAUAAAAGACUCUUAUCUCACCUCACAGCGGCUGGACAAAAUGAGAUACUAAAACUGGAAAAUGAGACAAGUUAGCAAUGUGGUGGUGAUAUAGCUCUUUCCCCAUGAAUGUUUGCACACUGUCCCUGCCUGGAAUAAUCCCACAUUGUACACAAUCCAAAUUCUUUAUCUUUGCAAGUGGAAUCUAUUCACCUGUUUAAUUUUUUUCAAACUUAUAAGCUGCUCUUCCAAUAACUUACGUAGAAUUUAACUAUUAUCACAGAUGGGAAGAUGAACUUCCAAAUAUUUUGUCUUUCAACUGAUGUGUAAAUUCAUUAAAUACUAGAAACAUCCAUAUUAAAUAGA